CGAAUAAAAAAGCAAAAUUGUUGUGUAUUUCCAAUAAAUGCGAAAGAAAAGCAUUGGCCACUUUUACUUGGUGUGUUUCAGUCGAACGCAAACUAUUUGGUCGUAAACAACGACCUGUGUGCACACUACGUAUGAAAUUGGCUUGAAAAGAAGAAGAAGCACAACACAAAGCGUGCAAAGCAAUAAAAAUAUAAACAAAAAUACGUAAUAUUCCAGUAGAUUCGCGUACAUUCGAUGCGCAGAUAUUGAAUCAUCCGCUGUAUACUUUGCAUCAGUCUGUAAUUUUUUUUUGGGUGUUCGCAGGAAAGAGAAUAAAAUGUGCUUCGCAAGAUUUUUAUGAUUAAAAUCGAGUAGAUAAUCAGAGAGUGAAGUUAAAUAAAAAAUAAUCCUUUGUGUUUGGCUUUUUUCGGACGGAGAGUAUUAACUGGUUCAAUCUGGUUAUCCAGUUCGUGCCUAACUACGCAUCAAACAAAAGUUUAUCGACAAUCGUUCAACUUGAUUUCGAAUUUUACUACCGCAGCAAUAGAACCGUUCAAAUUUGAUCAAGUCGUAAAAUUUUUUUCGUAAGCUUAGAAAAUCGAUUGAAGUAAAACAAAAGAAGAAACAAAGAAAGAGAACGAAAAAAAUGCCGUCUGACUCAUUCUCCAGAAUGGAUUCGCGGACCUCUGAGUCCGAAUCGGUGAAUGGUGCUGAAAGUUUUUUGAGCACAUCGCCCGGUGCUGCAUCGACCAGUUCACGGGAGCGUUUGGACAGCGACAGUUCGGAUCGACAAACACGUUUCGUUUUGCCUGGUUCGGCGGGUAGUCCUCCAAAGAUAUUGACCUUCGAUGAAGUUCGCGAUGCCAUUAAGAACGUCGAAGACAUGCAGCUGGCCCAUGAAAUUGCCAUCAAUCCUGAUUUUCGUCUUCAGCCAUAUGAUCCACCCGAGAGCAGCUUGGAGAAACGCAUCAAAUCCAUUAUGCAUGACAUAUUUUGGGAUCAUUUGCGCGAACAGCUGAAUGCUGAUCCACCACAGUAUGAUCACGCCGUUGCAUUGCUUGGCGACAUCAAAGAGGGUUUCACUCACAUUAUUUCGAAAAACAAUCAAAAGGCAUUGGAUCGCAUUUGCGAAGUACUCGACGAAAAAGUUAUUCGUCAACAAGCCGAACAGGGUGUUCUCGAUUUCAAAGCGUAUUCCAGCUUUAUUAUUCAAUUGAUGGCCAAAUCAUGUGCUCCGAUUCGUGAUGACGAGGUCAACAAAUUGAACGAAAUCGAUGAUGUGGUCCUCACUUUUCGUCGAAUUCUCGAAGUUAUGGAUCUCAUGAAAUUGGACAUGGCAAAUUGCCUCCUAGAUGCAGCUCGACGUGAAGUCAUCACACAUUCAGUUGAAUAUGAAAAACUCAAAUUUAACGAAUUUCUCAAGGCCUAUCCAAGUGGUUUCCCAGCAACCGAAGCCUGGCUGCUCCGGAACAAGUGCAUCGAUUCAAAUGAACGCCACGCUAAGGCAAUCACAUUGAUCAACGCUUACAUGGAGUUCCUUGAAUGGAACACCGAAAAUGAAUAUCCAGAAAUUAUGUCAAUGGAUUUGGAACGAUUGCAGGAACUUGCUGGUCGAGCUCUUCGUUUGUGCUGCAUUGCAUCGAUUGUUGCGAUUGCAUCAAGUGUGCCCGUCAUCGGACAACAGACAGCUAAUCGCUUGGGUUUACUCAAGCAAGUUCAAAUUCUGUUAGAAAAUGUUAAAGAUAACAAAGAAAUUGUUGAAGCCAUCGAAAAUGUAUGGUUGCAAGUAAAAUCCGUGAUUGUGUCAAAAAUGCAGGAGAAAGAGCAAACAUUGUCUGUGGACAGCGAAAAUACGCUGAAAGAUCAAAUCCUAUCGUUGUCAAACAAAGAAGCGCCAGUGCGUAAGCUGAUGUGGAGACGUUUAAUCGCUUACGUGCGUUUAGUGAAAACAAAUAAAACAGUACCACCAGUUCCACCUGGCUACACCGAUCUCACUGACGAUCUUCAAUCAUUAGCCAGUACAUUCAAACGCUUAACCGUAUACAAUUACUCUGUGUUUGGUGAACAUUGCGAGAAAAUCCUGGAUGAUUUAUCGAAACCAAGCACAACAGCUGAGUCACAAACAGAGCCCACUACAUCGACAAAUGAAGUGAAAACUUCAGACGCAAGCACUUGAACUGCGGAUGAUUUUCUGUGCGACAAAUGCAAAUGUGAGAGAGCCAAAUGGCAACUUAUCCACUGACCUUAUAUUUUUCGCCGAUUUGGUCAAAAUUAACAUUUCCUCCCCUUUCUUUGAGGUUAGACGUAGACGAUUUUGUUUCACUGAUCUGAGAGUAUUUUGGAUUAGAGAAAAUCCCUUUUGGAUUACGUUUUAAUUGUAAUUUAUCAAGUGUUUCUGAAACAUUUUUUUCUGAAUUGUUUUUGAUUAUUCAUAGAUGAGUUUCUUUUUUAUAUAUACUUAUGGUUUGAUUCCAAAAAUGUGUGUAAUCAUUCUCCAAAUCUAAUCCACAUAAUGUAUUUUCUAAUAAAAAAACAAUUGAAGUAACAUGCGCAAGAGAUUGACUAGCAAUUUAUUGAAUUUACGAACUAAUUAAGCCGUAGGAAAAGAGUGUGCAGACUAUUUAAUGGGAAUAAAAAAACCUGUACUAGAUUGGAUAAGUGAUAUUGUAGAAAAACGAGUGACUACUGACUAUUCAUGUUUACUAGAACAAAUAUAUAUAUAUAUAUAUCGAAACUAUUUUAACUAAAA